CCUCCCCCGCCCUCCAGUCCCUCACUGGGACGUCUGUGCGCCGCGGCUCGGAGUGCGGUGGCGGCAGUGGCUGCACUUUUUCUGGGGCUGGAGCCGUAGCCGAGCUGCGGGGAGUGCGCAGCGGGGUCGCCGGAGCCCAAAGAACGCGUGCGCUGAGGCGAAAGAGUCCCGGGCCGCCGAGCGCGCGCAGCUGGUUCCCCGCGUGGGUUGGGCGGAGGGUCCCACGAGCGCGCGGCUGAUAGAGCCGCCCCGACUCCGGGCAGAGCCGAGGGAGGAAGCGAGAAGCGGCCGCGCGCUCCCCGCUGAGUUGCAGGCUGUUUCCCCGCUGCAAGAUGCCCAAGAAGAAGCCGACGCCCAUCCAGCUGAACCCGACCCCCGAUGGCUCGGCGGUUAACGGGACCAGCUCGGCCGAGACCAACCUGGAGGCCUUGCAGAAGAAGCUGGAGGAGCUGGAGCUCGAUGAGCAGCAGCGGAAGCGCCUGGAGGCCUUUCUGACCCAGAAGCAGAAGGUGGGAGAGCUGAAGGAUGAUGACUUUGAGAAGAUCAGUGAGCUGGGCGCUGGCAAUGGUGGAGUGGUGUUCAAGGUCUCCCACAAGCCAUCUGGCCUAGUUAUGGCCAGGAAGCUCAUUCACCUGGAGAUCAAACCUGCAAUCCGGAACCAGAUCAUCCGGGAGCUGCAGGUGCUGCACGAGUGCAACUCCCCAUACAUCGUGGGCUUCUAUGGGGCCUUCUACAGUGACGGCGAGAUCAGCAUCUGCAUGGAGCACAUGGAUGGUGGGUCCUUGGAUCAAGUUCUGAAGAAAGCUGGAAGAAUUCCUGAGCAAAUUUUAGGAAAAGUUAGCAUUGCUGUGAUAAAAGGCCUGACAUACCUGCGGGAGAAGCACAAGAUUAUGCACAGAGAUGUCAAGCCUUCCAACAUUCUAGUGAACUCCCGUGGGGAGAUCAAACUCUGUGAUUUUGGGGUCAGCGGGCAGCUAAUUGACUCCAUGGCCAACUCCUUUGUAGGCACAAGGUCAUACAUGUCGCCCGAGAGACUCCAGGGGACUCACUACUCCGUGCAGUCGGACAUCUGGAGCAUGGGGCUCUCUCUGGUGGAGAUGGCAGUUGGGAGAUACCCCAUCCCUCCUCCUGAUGCCAAGGAGCUGGAGCUGCUGUUUGGAUGCCAGGUGGAGGGAGAUGCAGCCGAAACGCCACCCAGGCCGAGGACCCCUGGGAGGCCCCUCAGCUCAUAUGGAAUGGACAGCCGACCUCCCAUGGCAAUUUUUGAGUUGUUGGAUUAUAUAGUCAAUGAACCUCCUCCAAAACUGCCCAGUGGAGUAUUCAGUCUGGAAUUUCAGGAUUUCGUGAAUAAAUGCUUAAUAAAGAACCCUGCAGAGAGGGCAGAUCUGAAGCAGCUCAUGGUUCAUGCUUUCAUCAAGAGAUCUGAUGCUGAGGAGGUGGACUUCGCAGGUUGGCUCUGUUCCACCAUUGGGCUUAACCAGCCCAGCACACCAACCCACGCCGCUAGCAUCUGAACCUUUGGGAAACAGCACAGAGGAACUCCUCUGCCCAGCGGCAUGCCAUGUUGCUUUCAGGCCUCUCCCAUGCUUGUCUCUGUUCAGACGUGCAUCUCAUCUGUGACAAAGGAUGAAGAACACAGCAUGUGCCAAAUUGUACUUGUGUCAUUUUUAAUAUUACUGUCUUUAUCACUAUGGUUACUCCCCUAAGUGGAUUGGCUUUGUGCUUGGGGCUAUUUGUAUGUUGAUCAAACACAUACCAGGCUGAACCACAGUGAAACCCUGGUGACCUGGGUGGUCAUUCUUACUGAUGUUUGCACUGCUGUUCAUGUUCCGUGACUCACUGGCUGGCUGCCUGGAUUGUCAGGAUUCUCGGACCCUUGGUACUUCACUCUUGCUGGUGACCUCUCAGUCUGUGGAGAGGGAGCCUUGUGAGACCCUUCACAGGCAGUGCAUGGGAAGCAUGCUUUGCUGCUACUGAAAUGAGCAUCAGACUGUACAUCAUGUUAUUUUUAUUUUUUGCUUUUGGUAUAGAACUCAGCAAUUCACAUUAAAAAAAAAAAAUGUAACCAGAGCCCAUCACUGCCAUGAUAGCUGGGGCUUCAGUCUGUCUACUGUGGUGAUUUUUAGACUUCUGGUUGUAUUUCUAUAUUUAUUUUUAAAUAUACUGUGUGGGGUACAUAGUGUGGUGUAUGUCUCUUAAGUUUGGAUUCGUGUUUCUAAAUAGGUGGAGUUAGUUUGAACGUCAUAAAUGGAUGAUGGCAUCAGUAUGUGUCAGAGUUCUAUCUUCAAUCCAAGCACCAAUGCUAUUGUAAACAACGUGUAUAGUGCCUACAGAUUGUAUGAAAACCCUUUUAAUCACUUUAAUCCAGAUGUUUAUCAAAUCUAAUCUCUUAUUCUAAUAAAAAUACUAUCAGGUUAAAAUAAAAAAGGACAAAAGGUA